UUUUUGAUUGAGGGUUUAGAAGAUGAUGGUAGCUAAAAGCUUCGAUCUUUGGCAAAAGGAUGUCUUUUUCUCCGCCGCCGAGGAGGUUCAACAAUCUGCCGAUACGAUGGAAUCUGCAUGUAGGUUGUGGAUUAAAGAGAAGAGAGAAAGUGGUCGAGUCUCUGUAGAAUCAGACCACCUCUCCAAUGAACUUCAAGCAGCUUUGAGCACAGCUAAAUGGCAGCUGGAAGAGUUUGGGAGGGCAGUGAGGUUGAGCCAUGGGCGUUGUCGAGACGACACCACGUUGACUAGGCACAAACAGUUUGUCUCCGCUAUCGAAAACCAGAUUCAUCGAGUACAGUCUGCUUUGAGUGAGAACGGGGAACAGCCUUUGCGUUGGGUGGAUCUUAACAAAGAGGAGCGUGAUGACCUUGCCAUGUUUCUGUCUGGAUUUUCUCAGACAUCUGAGAGUUUCAGCAGUGAAAGCAUCAACUUGAGUAGAUGUUGCGGUGAGAGGACCCCCGUCUGUGUGAUAGACAUUGACGACGAGAGAGGUAGCCCUGAAAGUGCUAGUAAUAGAAACGGUACAAGAGGAACAUGGAGUUCACCUAAUGUUCCUGAUAUUAGAGCAUUGAGGAUUAAUGUUCCUCUUGAAGAAGAGGAGAAUAAGAGAAAUGUGUCGCAAACAGAAGCUACUCCUAAAGAAAAAGGAUAUAAGCCUCUGUUUUGGAUGCAGAGAUGUCGUGAUUAUAACCAGCUCUUUGACAGAGUCAGAUACUAUCAAAGGCGGUUUGGGGUUCCAUUAAACCGACCGGUUCGCAUUCCAUUUAACCGACCGGUUCAGCUCAUUCUUUCCUUGGCGUUACUAUUGUCUCUUCUAUUACUCUUUCGAGUUUAUUAAUCUUGAGAACUGAAACUCUCAAGAACACUUGACAGAUUCUUGCGUGUUGGUCACACAACUUAGAUGCUACAUGAUUCAACGUCCCUCAAGAAGGGCGAGAGAUUAAAAAAGGCUUUGUCAAGAACCAAAGGAGAACAAGCCUGGUUAUUUUUAUUUCUCUCAUAACCUCAGGGAACAUAUGAUAGGAACCUGUAAAAGACAGUUGUAGAUCUAUUUGUAAAACUUGAAGGUACGUUUCUAAAGAAAACCAAUGCGUGUUGUGUUCAGCGAUAAAAAAAAAAAAAUUGCCUGAAAUCUGCAAAGACGUUCACUCUGACACUUUCAACUCCAUUUGAUCAGCUUUUCGUUAAAUUGGUCAUCAACCACACAGUCCUCAAUCAGUAGAGGUUUAUCACAACUUUCAUUGGAAUACAAAGAACGAGUUUACUUGAAAAAUCCAAAAAAGGAUGACUAAAAUUUAAGUUUUUUAGUUUUCCGAUUGAGAAAUAAUGGAGGAAAUUCUGGGAAGAAAUCAAAACAUUAUUAGAGCGUCACUUCAGGGCGGCUUUAUGAUUCUGUCCUGCCAACUUCGCAGUUACUCAACCUUCUACCUAGUGGCACAGAAUUUAACGUACACAUCUGCACAUAUUUUUUUAGGGUAUGAAAGAUAACCGGUUUCUAAAGGUUAAAAUCUAUGUUCGGAAUUAAGCUGUGUGUGAAUUGGACGGUCAAUCGGCAAAUAAAAUUGGAGAUUAAUUAAUAAUGAAUUAGAAAUUAUUUUUUAAUAUUUAUUUAUUUUUGUUUUGAAUGAAUGUAAAAUUUAUUCAAACAAAACUUUAGUACAGAUAAAUAUUUUAAUUAAUAUUUAUUGUGUAUGUGCAGAUAAAUAUUUCAAUUUGUAAUAUUUAGAUGGUCAGACUUAGAUAUUGCUACUAUAUAAUCCGAGUUCAAGUCUCAUACUGUUUAAUUUAGGCUUUAAUUUGUCUUCUUAAGUAAGAAGAAAAAUCAUCUUUUAGUUAUCAUUUUUUCAUGUUACUUUCCUUAUUAAAAACCAGCCAUUUUCCAUUGAUUUCAUUCUUUUAAAUCAUUUUUGAUCCAAAUCUAUCAAACUCUUAUAGAUCUAAAAGAUACAACUAAAAUAAACUGGUUUAAAAAAUUUAUUGGAUCAAAAACAAGAGGUUGCAAAAAAAUUCGAUUAAGUGAUCUGCAUUUGUGGCGGUGCAGCCAGUUCUCUGCACGCAUUAUCGUCGACUAGACGAUCGUGUCACCCAGGGGCGAAGCCACUUUAUGAGAAGUGGUGGCAACUGCAACAUAUUUAUAUUGAUAUCCACAAUUCUAUAGAUAAAAACAUUGCAACUUUAGUGGAUUAGAUGGCAAAUUUAGCCUAUGAUCCACCCAUAAUAUUCUGAGUUCAAAUCUCUCACAUAGAUUCUUUUAAGUUUAUUACCAAUAAUACACCCAUUCAAUAUGUUCUCUAGAUUCUCCCCUGGUCUCACCCGAUUUUUUGGACAUGGUCAAUAAGACUUAGUGUAAAAGAAAAGCUUACACAGUAUUUAUGAUCGAUAACAAACUACAGUUUUAAUUAAUAAAAUACUCGUAAAAAUUAAAAACAAAUAUUAAAAGUCAAAUAUAUUUAUAAAGAUUCAAAUCCUUUCUUAAAUAUUAACAGAGAAAUUACAUAUAUAUAUA